UCAAUCUGCUGCAGCGUCGGAGACGGCCGACUGACGGCCGGGCCGGUAUCCUCGCCCACUUCCAACUCCCUCACCUUGUCUCCACCUACUCCGCCAUGACCCAAGACUUCCCAACGGAGAGGCUCAAGCCAAUCGACGUAUCGCCUGCCGAGGCGACAGUAUACAUCCCGACACCUCUGCAUCCAAAAUCGGAGGCACUGGCGGAGAAGACAUUCGGCCGCGUUGUCCGCCCAGGCGUGGACGGAUGGAGCCGAGAAGCGUGUAUUGAGGCGGCGGAUGUGGCGUGUAUGUGGCUCCUACUCCUUAGGUCUGACGUUAGUGAUUCGUGUCGGACCCAUGAACGCGCAUGACAUCCGCUCCGCGCGCCGCCUUAAGAUUAUUGCUCGCAACGGGACGGGGUACGACGCGAUCGAUACCGCAGCGUGCCGGGAUAUGGGGGUUGUCGUAACGAACAUGCCUGGAGGAAAUGCCGGCUCCGUAGCGGAGCUCACACUCGCACUGGCGUUGGCCGUGUUGCGACGAGUCACGGAGCUCUGGCCGCGCAUUCGAGACGGCGAGUGCAUCCCCUCUAUCCGCGCGCUGUCGCCAGGCCUGAGUGGCAAGACGGUGGGUUUAGUUGGCAUGGGGAACAUUGCCUAUCUCGCCGCCAAGCUGUUCCUCGCCUUCAACUGUCGCAUCCUGGUGUACUCGCCCACCAGUCCGCCUGAGCGAUGGACCGAGCAAGAUGCUGGCUUUGAGCCUAUUCCCUUCACCCGCAUCGCUACUCUAGACGAGCUGCUUGAGCAGGCCGACGUCGUCUCGCUCCACUGCCCUCUCACAGCCCAGACGCGCAAUAUGAUCGGGGCACCCCAGCUCGCGCGCAUGAAGGAUGGCUCAGUGCUCCUCAACACGGCACGCGGGGGCAUGGUGGACGAGGACGCGCUCGCGGAUGCACUGCAGCGUGAAGGCGGCGUAUGGGGUGCGGGACUCGACGUCAUGGCCACGGAGCCUGCUUUUGGGGCGAACCUGGGACGACUGCGCGAUGCACCAAAUGUGGUGAUCCUCCCCCACCUCGGCGGGUCGACAGACGAGACGACGCAGCGAGGCUGCGAUGCUGCCAUCGGCAUAGUAGUAGACUACCUCGAAGGCAAGGGUGCGCGGAACCGCGUCGCGUAGGGAGAUAUAACAUUAGAAAUUAGAGAGGACCAAGGGCCAAAGCGGCAGGCGCGC